AUGCAAAUUGCUGCACUUGUCGUCAUUUCAAGACGCAUCUUCAUUCUUUUCUUUGCGAAGUUGAUCGAGGCGUUCGUCGUCGUAGUGCAAUGGAAAGAUAAUCGGUAUGAAUAUUGCACGGUUUCAUUGACAAUGAAACGCAGUGGCCCUACAGGAUUCCCUUUGCCAUCUAGUGGGCUUAGGUGCCCUGGCUCGUCGUUGGCACGCUUCCCCCACUUGAGUCUCCGUGGCGGCAUGUGCGGCACGGUAGAUGGUCAUGAGUCACCAUGA